AUGGUAUCUCAAACCUCGAUCGAUCUCCUUUCACUUGGACGCCUUUUGCGCGACCUCACGCAGUCCAUUCGUAGCGCUGAAGGAGGCGACGCAUGGCUCACGGUUGAAACGACAUCCAGGGAGCUCGCAAAUCACCUGCGUGUGCGAGACUCACCAGUGGACAAUCACACUUUACUCGGAAAGUCGGAUCUACCGCAGACUUUGACGUCUCUACUUUCGUUGGCCCUCGGCGACGCCCAUAUUCCAGACGAUGGCAAGACGACUCCUGUCCUCGAGAUACUACGCGUUGGCGCUAAUCUGUGCAUGGAUCAUGACGAAAACCGUGCAGCCUUACUCGAAGUCGGAUUUCCGCAGGCUGUCGUCUCCUUGUUAGAAGGUUACGCAGAGACCAUUCCGACGCCUCCCAGCUCAAGCCCUUUGCCGCUUUCUACCCCUCACCUGAAGGUCGUGCGAACUUCCAUAGGAGUACUCUUGAAUGCAAGCAUAGGCUGUGAUGCGGUGAAGUAUCGCCUGAUAUCAUUAGAAGCAGCGUUGACGAUGAUCAAACUAUCAACAACAGUUUAUCCGCCGACCUCUUGGGCACUAGAACAAGAUAGAUCAUCCGCAGCACUCUUCGUAGAGGAAUGGGAUCUUCGGAGUGGAAUUUCUAAUUGGGUGUGGAGAACGGUUUCAGCUCUCAAGGACGUUCAGGAUGACAGUUUGCCAAUAAUCAACUCCGAUGUCAUCCCAUGGAUCGUAUCUCCUCUGCUUCAAUUCUGUCCUCCACAACCCCCUGAGGAAUCUCCUCUGCUGGACUCCGAACCCGACGUCCUCGACAAUCUGGUACAGACUGACUUUGAUUUCCUCGAAGAAUCUUGCACGCUCAUCGAAUCACUUGCACUUGAUGUUGAGGACUUCAGACUGGAAUUGGCACGUUCGAGUUGUUACAACCAAGGUAACGAACCAGGAACCUGUCUUAAGGCGGUCUUGCAAUUUAUCGAACAUGGGUCGUACCCUCCCAUCUGGAAACAUCCAAUGUACGAUACCCAGCGCAAGACCAAGGAAAAGGCCUUCGAUAUUUGCAAAGCUGCUCUGAUCAAAGCUGUCGUCGAAGUUUUCGGAGAGGAGAAAAAUGAAGAGAUUUUGUGGAAGGAUAAUGAUCCCAAAUACCCUGGCGGCGCCCUCACUCAGAAGUUGGUUCAAUGGAUACAGGACUACGUUGAUUCCUCUGGCACGAACCCAGCGGCUCCGGGCAGAGACGAUAUGGCUAUUUGUGCGAGUCUCUCACUUGGAAACCUUGUAAGGAAAGCACCAAUUGCAACGGCGCUUUUAUCAUCCCCGUACUCCCUUGCUCCUACCCUUGCAUCUCAUCACUUCCUGUCUCCUUCUACCGAUAUCAAACUGAAACACGGAAUCCUUGGCCUCCUCAAACAUCUUGCUCAAUUCUCCAAAUUAUCUCCUGUUAUACCCACUGCUUUAGGAGAAAUAAACAUCAUCCAGAAAAUUGCCGCGAGUGGUAUCUGGCACCAAAAGAGCGAUGCAAUGGCCAACGUCAUACAACUAAGCGCCAUCGGAGUAGCUAAGCACAUGUGCAAUGCAAACCUUGACCAGACAUUCGCACUCGUUUUGACCGGGGAUCCCAACGUUCCAACAGGCCUUUCUCAGAUUCUUGCGUUGAUUAAGCGCUCAGACUCCAUUUCGGUUAAGAGUGAAGGGUCCCGUGUGCUUGUCAACGUUGUGAAAUCACUAUGGCUCGUCGAGCGUGGCCUAGAACCGUCCGAUAAAAGGCAGAAGCAGAGGGAGCAGUGCAUCUCAACGAUACUUACCGCCGAAUGCGCAACUGUACUCACCAGCCUUAUCGGACGCAGCAACAGGUAUCCUAUUCUGGUGAACGAGGGUAUCGUGGCCAUCACCCUUUUGUGCACACACAAACUUGGCGCAUUGCUUGUUCUUGAAGCGCUAUCUGUGCCCCUGCGUGAGACCUCCGCGACAGAGGAACCACCAUCGGCAACGACGAGUAGCCUUCCAACACCGUCUUCGGUGAACGAUGGCCUGCCAGUCCCACGGCACGCACUCGACAUGCUUGUCUACGUUCUCCGCAACGUAGAUAAUCCGGUCAACUUCCCCAUCGAGGUCAGAGUCAACACAUGCACCUUCUUCCUUCAACUCCAACGGCACGCAUCAAAUGAAGCCUUGGCCCGUGUGCGUGAGGAAGUUGUGCCAGUUGUGCAGCAAGUUUCCGAGGAAUCACAAGAAGUCGGCGGAGAAGAGAAGUUGGUCAAGGCUGCGUCCAUGCUCCUCAACUCUUGGACACAAGCAACCCAGCCCUCUGGCUAG